GGAAAUCAGAUUAUUUAUCCUUAGUUUAGGACUUUCUUUUAUUUUUCUUGUCCUUUUUUUGGGUACAGUUGACACAUAUAAGUCAUAACAAGCAAACCUCACUCUCAAAUCUCAGAUCAAAGAUUCAAGAUUGUCUCGUGAUUCCUUCCGUCUUCUGGAAACCAUGAGAGCUAACAUACAAUCCUAUCUCCAUAAAUUACUCAAACCUAUUUCGCACCCUCCCUCCUCUCUCCUCCAUCUCCACACGACGACCUCCACUUCCCCCCAUCAUACCCAAUUCAAUCCAAACCCACCAUGGAAAUCUCAAAACAAGGACGAACCCACAAACCACUCACAGAGAGACAACAAAUUCAACGAAGCAAUCGACGUUCUCUGCCAACAAAAGCGCUUGAAACAAGCAAUCGAAACGCUAGACCUCGUUCGCUCUCCUCCCGCUGCCGCAACGUACUCGGCCCUCAUAAACCUCUGCCUGCACCUACGAGCUCUCAAAGAGGCCAAAGGGGUCCACGCGCACAUGAAAUCAUCCGGCUUCGUACCGGGUGUUUUCAUUUUGAACCGCCUGCUUGACUUGUACUGUAAAUGCGAGAGCCUUGUGGAUGCGCAGCAACUGUUUGAUGAAACGUGCAACAGGGAUUUGUGUUCUUGGAACAUUAUGAUAUCUGGGUAUGCGAAGGCGGGGCGAGUUAAGGAAGCUCGGAGCUUGUUUGAUGGAAUGCCUGAGAGAGACAACUUUUCUUGGACUGCGAUGGUUUCUGGUUAUGUAAGGCAUGACCAGCCAGAUGAGGCAUUAGAGUUGUUUAGAGUAAUGCAAAGAUACGAGGGUACUAAGUGCAACAAGUUUACGGUUUCUAGUGCUCUAUCUGCUUCUACUGCCAUUCAGGCUUUGGGCAUUGGGAAGGAGAUUCAUUGUCAUGUUACGCGUAUUGGAUUGGAUUCGGACGCUGUAGUGUGGAGUUCCCUUUGUGAUAUGUACGCGAAAUGUGGGAAUAUAGAUGAAGCGCGCUACAUUUUUGAUAAGACGGUGGAUCGGGAUAUUGUUUCGUGGACGGCUAUGAUUCACAGAUACUUUGAGGAUGGAAGGAGGGAGGAAGGAUUUGCUUUGUUCUCUGACUUCUUGAAGUCGGGUAUGAGGCCUAACGAGUUCACAUUUGCUGGGGUUUUAAAUGCGUGUGCAGUUGAAACUUCAGAGGACCUUGGGAAGCAGGUUCAUGGCUACAUGACACGGAUUGGGUUUAACCCCUUUUCAUUUGCAGCAAGUUCUCUUGUUCACAUGUACUCAAAGUGUGGGGACAUUGACAAUGCAAAAAAAGUCUUCGACUUGAUGCCUCAUCCGGAUUUAGUUUCGUGGACUUCCCUCAUCAAUGGAUACUCUCAACAUGGUCAACCCAACGAGGCUCUUCAGUUAUUUGAGUUGCUACUCAAAUCGGGCACUAAGCCUGAUCACAUUACGUUUGUUGGGGUUCUUUCAGCUUGCACUCAUGCUGGAUUAGUUGAUAAAGGGCUUGAAUACUUCCAUUCUAUAGAAUGCAAACAUGGGCUAAAACAUUCAACAGAUCAUUAUGCAUGUGUGAUAGAUCUUUUGAGCCGAUCUGGAAGGUUCAAAGAAGCUGAGGAUAUGAUUGAUCAAAUGCCCAUGAAGCCUGAUAAGUUUUUGUGGGCUUCCUUGCUUGGUGGCUGUAGAAUUCAUGGAAACCUUGCACUGGCUAAACGAGCUGCAGAAGCAUUGUUUGAACUAGAGCCCGAGAAUGCGGCUACUUAUGUUACCCUAGCCAACAUCUCUGCCACUACUGGUAAGUGGGGUGAAGUGGCGAAGAUCAGAAAAACUAUGGAUGACAAGGAGGUGGUAAAGAAACCAGGUUUAAGUUGGAUUGAAAUCAAGAGAAAGGUCCAUGUGUUCGUAGUGGGAGACUUAUCCCACCCAAGAUCAAAGGAAAUAAACGACUUUUUGGGGGAUCUUUCGAAGAGGAUGAAGGAAGAAGGGUAUGUACCUCAAACAGAGAAUGUGCUGCAUGAUGUGGAAGAGGAACAAAAGGAGCAAAAUCUUUCCUAUCACAGUGAGAAGCUUGCAGUUGCAUUUGGAAUUAUAGCUACUCCUCCGGGGACGGCAAUAAAGGUUUUUAAGAAUCUAAGAACUUGUGUUGACUGCCAUAUGGCCAUCAAAUUUAUAUCCAAGAUAGUUGGGAGGAAAAUAAUUGUGAGGGAUUCAAAUCGGUUCCAUUGUUUUGAAGAUGGAAGAUGUUCGUGUAAAGACUAUUGGUGAUGAAGGCUAGUGGCCAAUGGAAAGGGAAAGCAGGAUACGUUUUGCAUAUGGGUUUCCUGUAAAUUCAUUAUCUAUCAGAGAGCGUCUGUUCUCUUCAAUGUCAGCCUGGAAAUGUAGUUUAAUCUUUGAACCAGGUCAACUUGUGCAGAAUGAUGUCCUGUGUACAACCCAGAGUUCAUCAUAGCAUCGGAAAUCUGUCUGUGGAUUCGUGGAAUGAGAAAAUAAAAGCAUAUUUCGAGAGUUCAGAAGCUGUAAAGAAUUGGAUUGUAGAGAUCAUUAAUUAUUUAGAAAAUAACUGGUACUUUUAAACCGACAUAACAGAUUACAGUAAAAAAUAAGGACAUUGUGUCCUUGAAUGAAGGUUGAGUGUCAACGAUCAGUUAUGAAAUUCAAAGUCGGAGCUGAAACCUCCUAUGCUGUUGCGAGUUCAGAGAACUCCUGAACCUAAAGUUUUGACAGCUUCUGGGGAUGCUAGUGGAUUAUGCUGCAGCAAGGGAACUACUUUGGGUAAUAAAGCUGGAAUAAGAUUAUCCCAACUAAAGUUGUGUUGUUUAGGGGAGGCAUGGCAGGGGAUUUGGUCUGUCCGGUGUGUGGGCAAAGCGAGGAAACUGUUGAGCAUUUAUUCUUUGAAUGUGACUCUGCGCGUCGAUUGUCGGGGGCGUCUUGUUUGGGUUUGGAUUUUACAGUAGGGUCCGUAGGGAAUCCUGUUCCAUUUAAGGAGUGGUUGCUGGAAUGGUUUUGAGGGGCACCAGAUAGGAGCAUUGUUACUGACGGGAUUUGUGUGCGAUGGGCUAUUUGGCGUGCUCGGAAUAGAGGUGUUUGAAGGAGUUAGUGAUGGUGCGGAGUAGGGUCUUCAAGUUGUGUUUUUUUUUUUGCGGAACAGUAUUCGGUCUUGUUGGGAGAGGGACAGGAAGGCCGGGAUCGAAGGUCAAAAUGGGUUGCCUACCAAUCAGUUUGUCUGGGGUCGUUACAGUCAAGAAGUUCAUGGGUGGAUUCCUAAGUUUUUGGUAGAUGGAGCAUGGUGCAGUGAGUCAUGAAGAGGAGCUGUGGCUUGGGUUUCUUUGUCAGCUUUGUCCUUCGUUCAGGAGAACAAUGUCAGGAGUGUGUUUGCAUCUUCAGCCACUUGGCCUCUGGUUGUGUUACGCUGGGCACAUCGAAAAAGAUUCAGCAAAUUAGAAGUGCUAACGGAUUGCUUAGUGCUGGUUCAGGCUUUGCAGUGUAUGGAGCGUGCUGAUGUUUUUGUCAAACCUGUAAUUAGGGAUAUUCUAGGUUUGGUGCAGAACUUUGAUUAUGCGGCAAUCACUAAAGUUCCUAGGAAUGCUACAAGGUCUAUAAUCUUGCUAAGUCUGUAAUGUAUUAAUGCUAUAAGAUCCUAUAACUGUAAGAUGGACAAA